GCCUUAUGACGAUACUGUUUUAGAGACGCUCCCACCUUUUUGUCUAGCAGGGUUCCAGGUUUGGCGAUCGAGGACUACCUUAGUCUGCUUCCACAUUAUUGGGCUCCAUCAUCCCGAUCGUGUGCUGUGACAGUUUGGGCUAUUACAGCAUAUACCUGAUGCAGUACUUGCCAUACCUCGCAUCAAUUCACGAGGUAGAGCAGAUGAGGAUUGGGUGGCACACCAUGCGUCAUACAUUCAGCGUUGGAAUGAUAGAUUGAUAGAUAUAGCAGAGCUGGCCCCAGAGAUAGAUCCAAAUCCAAUACGAGCUACCGCUGUUUACAUGCAGUGGUAUUGGACGAUCACCAGGAGGUGGAUCUCUACACCUAUACAGCGGCCACCACUCGCGUAUCAACCACAUGGGCACGUCAAGAGAGUAUUGGUCGAUAUCGUGCAGAGAUCAUAUUAUACGAUCAGACGUGUCCUGCCCGAUAUUUCAGGAGGUAGAGUCUUAACUACCCUAUCACAAGUCGCCGAUCAGAUGGAAGCAGUUUUGGAGACUUUUUCUACGCUUCCACACUAUGUACCUCCAGGACCAGCAGACUAUGGUGGAGCAUCGACGUCCGGCCAUGCACCCGUAUAUAGUCCACCGAGGCCAUCAUCACCUAUAGAGGAGCCACCUUAUGCUGAUGUUACGGACCCGACACUAGCACCAGCACCGCAGGAUCCAGCUCGAGCAGGUAAUCUUGUUUAUUUUAGGCGUCGACGACAUAUGAGGUCUACUCGUACAGAUCAGCCCUCCUCUUUAGCUCCUCCACGGCCAGACAUACUACCGGCACAUGCUACUACUAUGAUUGAGCCGGUUAUUGAGGGUGCUGCUAUAGAGCGUUUAGACCAGUUGGAGAUCAUAGAGCCUUUUUAUGAGCAUGAUGUUGGUCGUGGUCGUGGUCGUCGUUGUGGUCGUGGUCGCGGACACGAUAGACGACGUGGUCGAAGGAGGCGAACAUGA